GAUUACAGUUAACGAGUUUCAGAGUCCAAGUGGAAAGUGUGCCAUGCGGCCAAGCGCCAGUUCACUGAUUAACUCCAAUCAACAGGAGACACUUUGAGCCAGCAGGUGAAGCAAAUAGACACGUAUAGCGGAAGAGUUACCUGAAGUGUCCGUAGCAGUAGCGACAUUACGGACUUUAACUAUAUUUAUCUGUUAGAUAUCUCUCACGUGAGUGUUUAAAUGUUAUGACACCUGAGACUCUGUUUUACUUCACAUUAGUGGUGACCGCUGAAGCUGCUUGUUACUUGUUGGAAUAAGGUUUUGCAUAUAAAACACCUGCUGCUUUAACAAACCCUCCAAAUGUUGAAUGAAUGCGUUUACUUUGAAUGCUUCAUUUCAUCCAUGAUCGACACAUAAUUCUUUUGCUAAUACUUUUGAGUGCAAGACUCUUACUUUGCUACUGCUCAACAGUGAUGUUUUUUUUUUUUUUUCUUUCAAGGUCAGACAGGUGUGACCACUGACACACAAGUGGGGACAGACAGAAGCCACACCUGUAAGGAGCACAGCGAUCUACACAGCAUGGCGAGCGGUGACUCAACCUCCAAAAGAGAAGACAAUUUGUCAGAGCUGAGGAUUGUGCUGAUCGGGAGAAGACGAGGGAAAGCCGGGGAAGGCAACAUUAUGAGUGCAGUGGGGAACUUCAUCCUGGGCAAAGAUGUUUUUGAUACAAACAAAAGAACAGUCCACAGCGUCAUGAGACAGGGAGAAGUGUUUGGCAGAAAUGUCACCGUGGUCAAUACACCAGACUGGCCUUGGGACAGCCCACUGAGCUCCACCCCGGUGAUGGAUCAACUAGAAAUCAAACGGGGUGUUCAUCUGUGCCCCCCGGGGCCCCACGUAUUUAUGGUGGUCAUUCAAACAGAGCACCUGGAAGAAAUGGAGAACCUGUGUCACCUGGAGGAGCACGUGUCUUUUCUCUUCAGUAACAGAUUCUGGAUGCACUCGAUGCUGCUGCUCCUAGGAGGGCACACUUCAGUCACACCAAAACUGGAGAAAACACUGGUAUGGUUUGUUGAAAAAUGUGAAUUCCGCUUUGAUUUGGUGGACAUCCACAACAGGAGUAAUGAUGAAGCGCAGGUCAGGCAGCUGCUUGACAACGUACAGCGCAUGGUGUCAUUAAACGGAGGUGGCCACUAUCCGACUGAUAGAGGUUCUCCAGUAAUCACAAUGUUCCCCAAGAUAGAUGCCAUUAUAGCCACAAACCACAACUGCCACUACAAAGUUGACGGUGGCAUGUUAUCAAAAUUACAUGAGCGGAGGAGAGAUGUUGUGGAGGAGGCAAGUGAGAAGAGGCAAAGAGCCCUUUCUGAAGAAGAGGAAUGCAGUCGCAGAAUGAAGACGCCACUGAGGGUCAUGCUCCUUGGGAAAUUCAGAGCUGAAAAGAUAACAGUUGCGAACACGAUACUGAAACAAUAUACAGGAAACAAUUCCCUGGUAGAACUUUACAAGGAUGUGGAAAUUCAGAAUAAUACAAGGUGUUGGAAGAGACUGGGAAGGAUUCCCAGUAUAAAUCUCUCGCUGGAUUUAGUGGAUGUUCCCGGCUGGUUCACCAAAAGCCCAUCAGAGAAGUUCAGAGAAGACAUGCUGGAUGGCCUGAAUCUCUGCUUUCCCGGCCCACACGCUUUUCUCCUUGUCAUCCCCCUGACAGAGACCUUCUCUGAGGAUGACAAGGAAGCUGUGGAGGAACACAUGAAGCUUCUUGGCAAAAACGUCUGGCAGCACACGCUGGUUGUGUUUUCUGGGGGGUUUUGGCUGGGAGAGAAAACAUUUCUUGAGUACGUGGAGUGUGAGGGAGAACCUCUGAGGUGGCUCAUGGAGAGGUGCGGAUACAGAUAUCAUGUCCUCGACUGCCUUGACUGGGACGACGUUUCCAGGGCAACAGAGAUGACUGGGAAGCUGGAGAUAAUGACGCUAAAAAGCAGAAGUCAUCUCAUGAUGGGAGAAAAGUGGAGACCGUGGACACUGUUUCAAAAACGCAAAGUAAAGGGGACCUUCACCAUGGAGCAGUGGAUCAAGAGAGAGAAUGAAUGGCUGAGAAGAGAGGAGGAGUGGAAAAGAAAAGAGGCUGAAUGGAAGAGGAGAGAAAUGAUGAUGAUGGAGGAGAUGGAGAAGGCAGGGUUAACGCUGCUGCCUGCUAAGAGGAGUGGCAGCAUGCAAAUCCUUGUCCCCAGUAUGAGCGGUGACAUGAUCUCCGACGCUGGGAGUUACAGGCUUUUCCCGAAGGUUUCUGACUGGCUGAGCAGGAGAUGCGACACACUCUCUUCCUCUGGCUUUGACUCCAUAGGCACCAUCACAGAGACUGACAUGUGGUCUGAGGCCGACAUAAUUGAGACCGAGGAAUACGCGACAAAUUUUGUUUGACUGACAGAUUCUGCAGGUAGGAAUGGGCCAAUUAAAGUCAGCCCCUAAAGAGUAACUCCCCACUGAAUCAUAUAAGGCAGAAUACUAAUGCUGGACUGCCUUGCAGGGGUUGUGGCACGCCCUCCCCCAUCCAGUCACUGAUGUGUCAGCAGGUACUUUUAGUUGUUAUCAAAGGAAAGUCCCUACAGCUCCAUCAGUGAUUGGGUGAACGAGUGCCACAACCUCUAGAGGGCAGUGCAGCAGAAGUUUUAUGCCGGUGUUGAGUCACUCUUUAAAGAGGCUCAUGCAGCCAAGGUGUGUGAGCCUCAGUGCUGUUCCAACAUCACUUGUGAGCACACAAACUCCUGGUAAACCAAAUAGAUUUUUGGUGUUUCUAAUGUAUCAUUUUUUAUUUAGGGGUGCAAAUACCGUGAGGUAUCCUGUUUUAACUCUGGAAUUAUUUUAUGUACAAAAGUGUGGGUCUGUCAACUACUUAUUUUGAUUUUCUUGUAAACUGUAAAUUGUAGGAGUCCUAAUAGCUAAGUAUGAGAAUCCAUAUUCUUAAUGUCGGUCUGUUUUUUAUUCAAAGGCAAAAUGCUGACUGCCAUUGGUUUUACAUUUGUCUCUUUUGAUAAGCUAAGGAUAGAGUUUGUAUUUAUGUAUUUACUUGCUCAGUGCUACAUCUGGUGGCCACUUCCGUCACUGGGUGGCAGGCACAGGGGAAGUUCGCCUGUUUAUUUGUGCUAAUAUCAUUUUAGAUUCUUAAAUCGUACAGUUGUAUUUGCUGCUCCAUGCGAAUGUAAUACUGGUCUACAGCUGAAAACAUUUCCACUAUUUUGGAAGCGAGUGGGCUGAAAAGAGCGUUGGAAGUGAAACCAACACUAACAUGCGUUGUGCAUCAUUAAAAAUAAUUUUUUCAUCUUUGCGGCGCCACUCAAAAUUGUGUUGUUUUCCCAAUUUAUAUCUACUUCAUUCAUUUUGGAGCAGUACUCUCCUGGUGAAGCUCUUGUUCUUGCAACAGGGAAAGAUUUGAUGGACCAAACUGAGCGCAUGGAGCAGCAAAUACUACUAUAUGGUUAAGAAUCCAAACUAUCACUUUAAGGUUUGCCGUGGUACUUUUUUUUUUCUUUUUAGUCUGGGGUGUUUGUUCCUGGGGUAAAGAGAAUUUGUCUUGUAUACUGGCAACUUUUUGUAAGAUGUAAGAUUUUAUUUUUUGUAUUUUGUAAGAUUUUUAUUUUAAGGACUCAUGUUUUUAGCACAUCAGCAUUUUGAGCCACACUGACUGUUUUGGCUUCAUUAUUGAAGUUGCUGCACUUAAAUGUGGUCAGGAGGGGGCUCACACACCCACUCUUAUCAAAGAAAUACAUAAUUUUGUGGUCUGUUAUCCGUUUUCUAUUGUGUGUAAAAGUAAAUACAUUUUGUAUAUUUUGAUGCUUUAUAUAUAUAUAUUUUCAAUAUAAAGAGCUGAUAAA